AUACAAUGUGAGUUUUAACAUACACCUGUAUAAAUAUAUAAUUUCAAGAUGCUAAUAAUGAUACAGUAAACUAUGACGCUUAUUUCCAUCUGUUUUUGAAGCUUUACAUUAACCUCAUAAGACCCAAGCUUUGGUUUGUCUUUUUUUCAGAUUUCUUCCAGCUACUUUUGAUUUAGGAAGAACCAAUAAAUAUAAUAACCAAAUAUUUUCUUUGAAUAUGAAGCAGUGUAUUUGUCCAUGUUUGUGUACAACAGGUUCCAGUUACACAGAAUUACUAUUAUGCAUUAUAUAGUAUUAAGUAUUAUGGUGCAAACACCAAAAAAUGUGAUGUACAGGUAUGUGGACAUCCAGGUCUUAGAAGGUUAAUGAAGUUAAUUGAAGUUUUACAUUAAUCAAAAUUCAUAUUUCCUAAUGCAAACAACAUACAAAUUCAAUCCCUUGUCUCAAUCAGAUUAGCCUACCCUUGGACCAAUCUGGAUCCAAACACAGCACAUAAACAUCUCUGUCUGUCUAAGGGGGACAGAGUGAUUAUUUUCCGGUACACAAUCCAGCCAUAUCCUGAUCAUCCGACAGAUUUGGUUGCAUUCAGUGCAGGGGUUGAGGAGCGUUGAUUUGGAUAUAAUGAUCAGUCAUGGAGUUUGAUUUGCUGUGACUCCAGUUUUUUUUAAACAAUAACAUUGAGACUAAACUGUAGUGUCCAGAUCUUCUAGAAUAGGAGUGUAUGUGGAUCACAGUGAUUUCAGGCAUCAGAGUGAUUUGUCAUCAUGUCAUAAUAUCCACAUCCAUGCAUUCACUUGCUAUAUGUCAUUAUGAGUUUCUGCAUGAGCUUGCCAUCUAGUGGACUUGUUUAUUAUAUGACACACUCACAUAAACCAGGAAAUUUUAAGGGAAACUGAAACUAAACUGAUGUCGGACAUGUUUGGUCUAUCUCUUCAUGUGUGUAUACAGUAAAAUGGCAGAAGCGAGUGUUUCUCAGGAUCAAUUCAGCUGUUCAAUCUGUCUGGAUCUACUGAAGGAUCCUGUGACCAUUAACUGUGGACACAGCUACUGUAUGAGCUGUAUUACAGACUGCUGGGAUCAAGAUGAUCAAAAGAGAAACUACAGCUGCCCUCAGUGCAGACAGACCUUCACUACAAGACCCGUUUUAGGUAAAAACACCAUGCUGGCUGAAGUGGUGGAGAAACUGAAGAAGACUAAACUACAAGCUGCUCGUCCUGAUCACUGUUAUGCUGAAUCUGGAGAUGUGGAGUGUGACGUCUGUACUGAGAGAAAACACAAAGCUGUCAAGUCCUGUCUGGUGUGUCUGAACUCUUACUGUCAAAAUCAUCUUGAACAACAUGAGAAAUUCUUCAAAGGCAAGAAGCACAACCUGAUAGACGCCACUGGACGACUUCAGGAGAUGAUCUGCCCUCAACAUGAGAAAGUACUUGAGAUUUACUGUCGUACUGAUCAGCUCUGUAUAUGUCUUCUGUGUACGUUGAACAAACAUAAAAAUCAUGAUACUAUAUCAGUGGAAGAAGAGAGGACUGAGAAACAGAAACACAUUAAGAAGACACAGAAAAAGUACCAGCAGAAAAUCCAGGAGAGUCAGAAGAUGCUUCAGGAGCUGAGAGAUGCUGUGGAGACUCAUAAGCGCUCUGCACAGACAGCAGUGGACGACACUGAGAGGAUCUUUACUCAACUGAUCCAAUCCAUUGAGAAAAGACGAUCUGAGGUGACACAGCUGAUCAGAGAUCAGGAAAAGACUGCAGUGAGUCGAGCUGAAGGACUCUUGAAGCGACUGGAGCAGGAGAUUGAUGAUCUGAGGAGGAGAGACGCUGAGCUGGAGCAGCUUUUACACACAGAUGAUCACAUCCACUUCCUCCAGAGUUUUCAGUCUCUCUCUGUUCCUCCUGGAUCUUCAGACUCACUCAACUUCACUGUCAGUUCUCUCCUCUCUUUUGAUGAUGUAGUGAAAUCUGUGUCUCAUCUGAGAGAAAAACUGGACAAUUACUGCAAAGAAGAGAUAGAAAUUAUGUCUUGUAGAGUAAGGUGUAUUGAGAUCAUUCCAACCCCUGAACAUAAGACCAGGGAACAGUUCUUACAAUAUUUUUGUGAUUUCAAACUGGAUUCAAACACAGUGAAUAAGAACCUCUGUCUGUCUGAGGGGAACACAGUGGCUACUGACACUCAUACAGACCAGCUUUAUCCUGAACAUCCAGACAGAUUUGAUGUAUAUCCCCAGGUUCUGUGUAUAGAGAAAGUAUGUAGACGUUGUUACUGGGAGUUUGAGUGGAGUGGGAGUGAGGUGGGUGUAUCAGUGUCAUAUAAGGGCAUAAACAGAAAGGGACUUGAAUCUGCAUUUGGGUGUAACGAUCAGUCGUGGAGUUUGUCUUUCUUUGGUUCUGAAUACACAUUCUGGCACAAUAAUGAAAAGACUGAACUCCCUGUAGGGCCCAGAUCUUCUAGAAUAGGAGUGUAUUUGGAUGACAGUUCAGGAUCUCUGUCCUUCUACAGCGUCUCUGACACAAUGACCCUCAUCCACAGAGUCCAGACCACAUUCACUCAACCUCUCUAUCCUGGGUUUUGGGUUAAUUAUGGAUCAGUUAAACUGUGUAAUCCGACAAAAAAUAUAACACAGAAAUUCUGCAAAUAAAAAUUGAGCUACAUGAUAAACACAAAAUACUUACAGGUUAUUGAUAUAUCUUCAUUUUAAAAUCAAUACACUCAGUGUUUACCAAGCUGUGGGAAAUUUUUCAAG